ACCAGCCAAACAGUCUCUCUCUUCUCUCUCUCUCCUCCUUCCCUUCUCUCUCUCUCUAGCGAUCACACUGCAAAACCUCACGGAUCGGAUCUUUCUUCAAUGGAAGCAGCUCUUUAGUCUCACACUCUGCCGGAAUUUUGACUGAUUUUGAACGAUUUUAGGGUUUUUUGUUUGAGUGAAAUGGUGUUUUGCUUGGAGAUCGCUUGUUUCAGUCCCGUCGGCGGGUGAGAAUUAGUACUUUACCCGGCGGAGUUAGCUCACUUAGCUCUCUCUGCCGCCGUGGAGAUGGCGGCUUCACCUGCUAAGUUCUUCUUCGGGUUUCUGAUUGUUUCCAUCGUUUUGUGGAUGAUCUUCAUACUUUGUUCCAGGUUGUUUGCCUGGAUGCUUAGUCGAGUUCUGGGAGCAUCUGUUGUGUUCCGUGUUGGCGGUUGGAAAUGUCUCAGGGACGUCGUUGUGAAGUUUAAGAAAGGUGCCAUUGAAUCGGUGUCUGCUGGUGAAAUUAAGCUAAGCUUACGACAGUCAUUGGUCAAACUUGGCGUUGGUUUUCUCUCUAGAGACCCAAAAAUUCAAGUGUUGAUAUGUGAUCUUGAAGUUGUGAUGAGGUCCUCAGCUUCAACAAAAAGUUUACCAAAAGCCAAAAGUAAGAAAUCUCGUACUUCAGGCAGGGGAAAGUGGAUGCUGGUGGCUAAUAUUGCAAGGUUUCUUUCAGUUUCUGUCUCGGAUAUGAUUGUAAAGACCAGAAAGGUAAUAGUGGAAGUCAAAGAGUUGAAGUUGGAUAUAUCUAAGGAUGGUGGGACAAAGCCAAAUCUAUAUGUUAAGCUGCAUGUACUACCGAUUCUUGUUCACUUAUGUGAAUCACGCAUAAUUUCUGAUCAGUCGUCUAGCUUAAGCUUUGAAAGAUGUUCUGCUUCCCAAGCGUGCUCUGCCUCAUCAGACAGAUCCUCUGCUGGUUUAUUUUGUGAUGAACUCUCUCUCUCUUCCGAGUUUGGACAUGACAGGGCAGCAGGAAUUGUUUUGCGAAACUUGGAAAUUAUAUCUGGAGAUGUAACUCUGAGUUUUGACGAGGAUUCAUUCCCCAAGAGCAAACAAUCAUCUUCUACUGUUCAUUCAAAUGAAGUUGCAACGUCAACAACUGCUGUCUCAUCUGCCUCUAAACCUGAUAAAGAGCGUCAGUUGGCAGCGCUAGCAAAGUAUUCUCCGUCUUUUCCUGAAAAGAUUUCCUUCAGUUUACCAAAACUGGAUGUCAGAUGUGUCAAUCGAGAGCAUGAUCUUGUUGCUGAGAACAAUAUCACUGGUAUUCAACUCAAGAGUGUUAAAUCAAAAUCUUUUGAAGACACAGGGGAGAGUACACGUCUUGAUGUUCAGAUGGAACUCAAUGAGAUUCAUCUUUUUAGAGUAGCUGAUUCCUCUAUUUUAGAGAUUAUGAAAGUUGAUGUGGUCUCUUUUAUCUACAUUCCAAUUCAGCCGGUUGUGCCUGUUAGAGCUGAAGUUGAUAUAAAGCUGGGAGGUACCCGCUGCAAUCUAUUCAUUUCUAGGCUACAGCCGUGGUUGCGCCUUCAUUUUUUGAAAAAGAAAAAACUGGUGCUUCAAGGGGGAACUCACAGUCUCGAGAAGUCAAAAGCUGCUGAUAUGAAAGCCAUUAUGUGGACAGGCACAGUUUCGGCCCCCGAGAUGACUGUUAUGCUAUAUGGUAUCAAUGAUUUGCCAUUGUAUCAUUUUUGUUCGCAGUCAUCGCAUGUGUUUGCAAAUAACAUUUCAAGUAUGGGCACAGCAGUUCAUGUUGAACUUGGUGAAUUAAAUCUGCAUUUGGCAGAUGAGUACCAAGAAUGCUUUAAAGAGAACCUUUUCGGAAUUGAGCCAAACUCUGGUUCACUGAUGCAUAUAGCAAAGCUUAGUUUGGAUUGGGGUAGAAGAGAUAGGACAUCAUCUGACGAGGUUAGUUGCAGAAGUAAAUUAGUACUCUCAGUAGCCGUGACUGGAAUGGGUAUUUAUUUUUCAUUCAAGCGGAUUGAAUCUCUUAUCAUAAAUGCUAUGUCCUUCAAAGCUCUCUUCAAGACAUUAUCUGUUGCCGGCAAAAAGACGAAGAAGGUUGGAGAAGCGCAACCAUCCAAAGCAUCUGGGAAAGGAACUAGGCUUGUGAACCUUAAUCUUGAACGUUGCUGUGUAAAUUUUUGUGAUGAUACAGGAUUGGAUAAUUCAAUUGUUGAUGAUCCUAAAUCCGUCAAUUAUGGAUCACAAGGUGGCCGGGUUACAUUUAGAUCAUUGGCUGAUGGCACACCACGAACGGCGAGCAUUCUGUCUACUGCUUCCGAAGAAUGUAAAAGACUGAAGUACUCGGUCUCUCUUGAAAUAUCACAGUUUAGCCUUUGUCUCAACAAGGAUAAACACUCAAGCCAAAUGGAACUUGGAAGAGCAAUAUCCAUCUACCAGGAGUAUUUGGAAGAGCAUAAACCGUGUUCAAAGGUCACAUUGUUUGAUAUGCACAACGCGAAGCUUGUACGUCGAUCUGGUGGUCUUAAUGACAUUGAUGUCUGUUCUCUCUUCAGUGCUACUGAUAUAUCUCUAGGUUGGGAACCGGACGUCCAUCUAUCUUUCUAUGAAUUGUUUUUGCGGUUGAAAUCCCUGGUUUAUGCACAAAGGCUUAAGGAACGUGAAAGCGGGCACGACAAAGGCAUCUCUAGUGUGAAAGAUGAUGUGCCGAGCGAAAAAAUAAAUCUGUCCAAUUCUGUCGACAAGCAGAAGAAAAAGGAAUCUAUGUUUGCUAUUGAUGUGGAAACGUUGACAAUAUCAGCUGAGGUGGGAGAUGGGGUGGAGGUUAAAUUGGAGGCACAGUCAAUUUUUUCUGAGAAUGCCUCUAUAGGAGUGCUUCUUGAGGGGCUGAUGCUUGCUUUUAAUGGAUCUCGAGUGUUUAAAACUACAAGAAUGCAAAUAUCAAGAAUCCCUAGUACUUCUUCGAAUUUGUCUGAUGCAAUCCCUGUAAUGACAAGUGGUCCGUGGGACUGGGUAGUACAAGGGCUUGAUGUGCAUAUUUGCAUGCCAUACAAACUGCAGUUGCGUGCCAUAGAUGAUUCCAUUGAAGAGAUGUUGCGAGGCUUGAGACUUAUAACUGUAGCGAAAGCUAAAAAUAUUUUUUCAGGAAAGAGAGAAAGCCCGAAGCCUAAGAACAAGAAAUCUAGUUCAAAAUUUGGCCGCAUAAGAUUUUGCAUACGCAGACUAACCGCGGAUAUUGAGGAAGAACCAAUUCAGGGUUGGCUUGAUGAACACUAUCAGCUGGUGAAGAAGGAAGCUUGCGAGUUGGCUGUCAGAUUGAAAUUUCUUGAAGAUUUUAUUCACAAAGCUCCUCAGUCUCCUAAAGGUGUAGAAGCAAGUGAUCCUUCAGAUGAAAGAAAGAUGUUUUUUGAUGGGGUUGAAAUUGAUGUCAAUGAUCCCUUAGCUAUUAACAAUGUGAAGGAAGCAAUUCACAAACGGUCGUUUCAAUCGUAUUAUCAGGCGUGCCAGGGUUUAGUUCCGUCUGAAGGUUCAGGUGCCUGUAGAGAGGGAUUCCAGGCAGGUUUUAAGCCAAGUGCUGCUAGAACCUCUCUUCUUUCUGUUUGUGCCACAGAUUUUGAUUUAAGCUUGACGGCAGUUCAAGGUGGUGAUGCUGGUUUGUUGGAAGUCUUGAAGAAGCUUGAUCCUAUUUGUCAAGAAAGCGACAUACCCUUUUCUCGGCUGUAUGGAAGCAAUGUUUACUUAAAUACUGGAAGCUUGGUAGUUCAGAUAAGAAAUUACACACUUCCUCUUCUCUCUGGCACUUCUGGCAAAUGUGAAGGUCGUCUUGUACUGGCUCAGCAGGCAACGUGUUUUCAGCCACAAAUUUCCCAAGACGUCUUUGUGGGCAGACGGAGAAAAGUGCGAAUGUUCCGUUCAGCAACUGGCACAACUCCGCCGUUGAAGACCUACUCAGAUCUGCGCAUACACUUUGAACAAGGACAAGUUUCCUUUGGAGUUGGAUAUGAACCAGCUUUUGCAGACAUUAGCUAUGCCUUCACAGUGGCUCUUCGUAGAGCUAAUCUGAGUCAUAGGAGUUCAGGUGUCUUACCUGUCACUAAAAAGGAACGAAGCUUACCUUGGUGGGAUGAUAUGAGAAACUACGUUCAUGGCAACAUCACUUUAUCGUUUUCUGAAUCAAAGUGGGAUGUUCUUGCUACAACGGAUCCAUAUGAAAGCCUUGAUAAACUUCAAAUAGUGACUGGUCCUAUCGAACUUCAGCAGUCAGAUGGCCGUGUGUUUGUCAAUGCUAAAGACUUCAAGAUAAAACUGACCAGUCUGGAGAGUUUGAUUAGUCGACAUUCGUUAAAAGUUCCAGUCGGCACCUCUGGAGCUGCAUUUAUUGAAGCUCCUGUGUUUAAUCUCGAAGUUACAAUGGACUGGGAAUGCGCGUCUGGUAAUCCUUUGAAUCAUUAUUUAUAUGCAUUUCCAACUGAAGGAAAGCCUCGUGAGAAGGUCUUUGAUCCGUUCAGAUCAACGUCACUCUCUCUUCGGUGGAAUUUCUCCCUCAGACCUGAGAAACUUCACCAGUCUUCCUCAGGUACAGAGCAUCCAACAGACACUGGAACUGUCUCCAGUUUGCAAGACAAGCCUGAGACACCCACAAUGAAUCUUGGAGCUCAUGAUUUGGCAUGGAUACUUAAGUUCUGGGGUUUGAAUUACUAUCCCCCUCACAAGUUACGUUCUUUCUCCAGAUGGCCUAGGUUUGGUGUCGCAAGAGUUACAAGAUCAGGAAACUUAUCUUUAGAUAAGGUGAUGACGGAAUUUAUGCUCCGUGUAGAUGCCACUCCUUCCCUGAUAAAGUACAUGCCUUGGGACUCUGAUGAUCCUGCCAAAGGAUUGACCUUUAACAUGACUAAGCUAAAAUACGAAUUAUGCUAUAGUCGCGGGAAGCAAAAGUAUACAUUUGAAUGUAAGCGGGAUGUGCUUGACCUUGUAUAUCAGGGUCUUGACCUUCACGUGCCGAAGGCUUUUAUUGACAAAGAUGAGCAUCCUUGCAUUCCGGCAAGCGUUCAACUUUUGAGGAAAAGCUGUCAGAAUGCCUUGAUAGACAGAGUACCCUCUGGAAAGGAUGAGAAGCAUCGCGAUGAAGGGUUUCUAUUGUCUUCUGAUUAUUUUACAAUCAGAAGGCAGGCCCCAAAAGCUGAUCCUGAAAGAUUAUUGGCAUGGCAAGAGGCUGGAAGAAGAAAUCUUGAGAUGACAUAUGUGCGAUCUGAGUUUGAGAAUGGAAGCGAGAGUGAUGAACACAUACGAUCCGAUCCUAGUGAUGAUGAUGGAUACAAUGUUGUCAUUGCUGACAAUUGUCAACGGGUCUUUGUUUAUGGCCUCAAACUCCUGUGGACCAUAGAGAACAGAGAUGCUGUCUGGUCUUUUGUUGGUGGAAUAUCGAAAGCAUUCGAGCCUCCUAAACCUUCUCCUUCUCGUCAGUAUACACAGAGGAAGAUUCUCGAAGAAAACCAAAAAUAUUCUUUUCCAGAAACUCAUCAAGGGGAAAUGUUGAAAUCUUCUGCAAGUCCUGGAAGAAACCUCCCUUCUCAGCCUGUGGAGAUGGCAGGCUCUCUUUCAUCACCGUCACACUCAGUAAAAGUUGAAAAUUCACAUGACAGAGCUGUUGAGACAAGUGAAUCUGAGGAAGAAGGGACUCGUCACUUCAUGGUGAAUGUCAUUGAGCCACAGUUUAAUCUUCACUCUGAAGAAGCUAAUGGUCGCUUUCUGCUUGCUGCUGUUAGCGGUCGUGUUCUAGCACGAUCGUUUCAUUCCAUUAUGCGUGUUGGUGUCGAAGUGAUUGAGCAGGCUCUUGGCACUGGAAGUGUCAAGAUUCCAGAAUGUAGUCCUGAAAUGACAUGGACACGGAUGGAAUUUUCUGUAAUGUUAGAGCAUGUGCAGGCCCAUGUUGCUCCCACUGAUGUUGAUCCAGGUGCUGGGUUGCAGUGGCUUCCAAAAAUUCGCAGAAACUCGCCAAAGGUGAAGCGUACUGGGGCUCUACUUGAAAGGGUCUUCAUGCCUUGUGACAUGUAUUUUCGGUAUACAAGACACAAAGGUGGAACACCUGAUUUAAAGGUGAAACCGCUAAAAGAGCUCACUUUCAAUUCGCACAAUAUAACAGCUACAAUGACAUCUCGGCAAUUCCAGGUGAUGCUGGAUGUUUUGACUAACCUGCUCUUUGCAAGGCUUCCAAAGCCUCGGAAAAGUAGUCUCCAGUGUCCCACUGAAGAUGAAGACGUGGAAGAGGAGGCUGAUGAGGUAGUUCCAUAUGGAGUUGAAGAAGUAGAACUUGCAAAAAUCAACCUUGAAGAGAAAGAGAGGGACCGAAAGUUGCUUCUCGAUGAUAUUAGAAAAUUGUCUCAUUGUUCUGAAUAUAUGGAUGACACACACAUGGAACGAGAGGGUGAAUUGUGGAUGAUUAGUACCAGAAGAUCCACACUGGUGCAAGGAUUAAAGAAAGAGCUCUUACAUGCACAGAAGUCUAGAAAGGCCGCUUCUGCUUCUUUAAGAAUGGCGCUGCAGAAGGCUGCACAGCUUCGACUGAUGGAGAAGGAAAAGAACAAAAGCCCAUCAUAUGCUAUGUGCAUUUCCUUGCAAAUCAAUAAGGUUGUUUGGAGCAUGCUUGUAGACGGUAAAUCCUUUGCUGAGGCAGAGAUAAAUGACAUGAUUUAUGACUUUGAUCGAGACUACAAAGACAUUGGUGUUGCUCGAUUCACCACCAAGUACUUUGUUGUGAGGAACUGUCUGCCUAAUGCAAAGUCAGAUAUGCUUUUAUCAGCAUGGAAUCCUCCAACCGAGUGGGGAAAGAAAGUCAUGUUACGUGUUGAUGCAAAGCAGGGAGCACCAAAAGAUGGACACUAUCCUCUUGAGCUUUUCCAUGUGGAGAUUUACCCUCUGAGAAUUCACUUGACAGAGACGAUGUACAGAAUGAUGUGGGAAUACUUCUUCCCAGAGGAAGAGCAGGAUUCACAAAGGCGACAGGAAGUUUGGAAAAUUUCGACAACUGCUGGUUCAAAACGUGUAAAGAAAGGGUUAGCAGGUCAUGAAUCUUCUACAGCUAGUCACUCCAUUGUUGAAGCAUCUCGAGGGAGUUCUGCAGGGCUCUCUGCUUCUGCAACAGCGCAGUCACAAAGCAAUGCUGACUCUGUUCAAAAAUCAAAUAUGCUAAGCGUCAGGCAUAGCACUGGUGGCUCAGCUCAGGAGUUGAGGAGAACAUCUUCUUUCGAUAGGACCUGGGAAGAAAAUGUGGCGGAAUCUGUAGCUAAUGAACUCGUUCUACACGCACAUUCGUGCACGGUGUCAUCUUCCAUUGAACAACAGGAGGAUUCCUCUAAACAGAAGCUCAAAGAAACAAAACCUGUCAAGUCUGGCCGCUCUUCUCAUGAAGAUAAGAAGGCAGGAAAAUCACAUGAGGAGAAGAAAUCUAGGCCUAGAAAGAUGAUGGAGUUUCACAACAUUAAAAUAAGUCAGGUGGAGCUUCUAGUUACCUAUGAGGGCUCAAGAUUUGUUGUAAAUGACCUCAAAUUGUUGAUGGAUACAUUUCACCGUGUUGAGUUUACUGGGACUUGGAGAAGACUCUUUUCUCGUGUUAAGAAGCACAUAAUUUGGGGAGUAUUGAAGUCUGUUACAGGAAUGCAGGGAAAGAAAUUCAAAGACAAAUCACAGAACAAUCGCGACUCUACUGACAAUGACCUUAAUCUAAGUGACAAUGAUCAACCGGGGAAAUCUGAUCAAAAUCAAGUCACAUGGUUUAAGCGUCAAAGUGAUGGAGCAGGGGAUGGAUUUGUUACUUCUAUUAAAGGACUCUUCAAUACACAAAGGCGAAAGGCCAAAGCAUUUGUGUUGAGAACUAUGAGAGGUGAAGCAGAGAAUGAUUUCCACGGGGAGUGGAGUGACAGUGAUGUAGAAUUCUCUCCUUUUGCUCGGCAACUAACUAUAACGAAAGCUAAGAGGCUUAUCAGACGACACACUAAAAAAUUCCGCCCAAGAUCUCAAAGAGGUUCGAGUUCUCAGCAGAGAGAAUCACUUCCAUCAUCUCCGAGAGAGGCCACUGCAUUUGAAAGUGGUUAUUCAAGUGGAUCUUCACCAUACGAAGAUUCCCGCGAUUAAAAAACCAUUCUGACCCGACAGACGGUAAAAAAUCAUAUUCCUUGGCUGAGGGAGGAAGUAUAGGCUUCUCAGCUACCGAGGAAUCAUCGUCCUUGUAAAUUUUGUUUUUUUCCGGCUGAUAUAGGAGAAUGAAAAAAAAAAGAUAUAUUGAGAGUGGGAAGAUCAACAAUAUUGUACAGACGUGUUGGUAUAUUGGAAAAGAAAUUAAAGCCACAGGUCAGUUCAUCAAACUA